GCCUGCGUCCUCCCCAGGAGAGGGCAAUGUGUGUAAACAGCCUGGGCGGGCCGGCUGCUUUUCCCUGAGUGGAGGACACGGACUUUGGCUGGGUGACCCUGCGCGCACCCUUCCCUUUCCUCCUGGGAGACCCAAAGCCAGAACAAUGCUGGGCUGGAACGGACAUGGGCUGGUUAUCAGCAGGGCGCAGGAUGCGCUUGGAGGAAGAUGCUUCUAAUGGGGGAGUUCCUGAGACACAGCUCCGGGCCCGUGGCUUUCGGAGGGAGCUCGCGCCAGAGACUGUUUACAGCCCCGGACGUCACCUCCUGAGGGCCGCAGGACGGAAGGACAUGGCCGUGAGUCUCGACGAUGACGUGCCCCUGAUCCUGACCUUGGACGAGGCUGGCGGCGCCCCACCACCCCCCUCCAACAGCCUGGGCCAAGAGGAGCUGCCCAGCAAAAAUGGCGGGAACUAUGCCGUCCACGACUCCCCGGUCCCCAGCCUGAACUCCGGGGCCGAGAUUUCCCUCUCCAGCCCCAUGGGACACAACUGGGAGAUGAAUUACCAAGAGGCAGCAAUCUACCUCCAGGAAGGCGAGAACAACGACAAGUUCUUCACCCACCCCAAGGAUGCCAAAGCGCUGGCCGCCUACCUCUUUGCACACAACCACCUCUUUUACCUGAUGGAGCUGUCCACGGCCCUGCUGCUGCUGCUGCUGUCCCUGUGCGAGGCGCCCGCCGUGCCCGCACUCCGGCUCGGCAUCUACGUACACGCCACGCUGGAGCUGUUCGCGCUGAUGGUGGUGGUGUUUGAACUCUGCAUGAAGUUGCGGUGGCUGGGCCUGCACACCUUCAUCCGGCACAAGCGGACCAUGGUCAAGACCUCCGUGCUGCUGGUGCAGUUCGCCGAGGCCAUCGUGGUGCUGGUACGGCAAACGUCCCACGUGCGCGUGACCCGGGCGCUGCGCUGCAUCUUCCUGGUGGACUGUCGGUACUGCGGUGGCGUCCGGCGGAACCUGCGGCAGAUCUUCCAGUCUUUGCCGCCCUUCAUGGACAUCCUCCUGCUGCUGCUCUUCUUCAUGAUCAUCUUCGCCAUCCUCGGUUUCUACUUGUUCUCCCCUAAUCCUUCCGACCCUUACUUCAACACGCUGGAGAACAGCAUCGUCAGCCUGUUCGUCCUCCUGACCACGGCCAAUUUCCCUGAUGUGAUGAUGCCGUCCUACUCCCGGAACCCCUGGUCCUGCGUCUUCUUCAUCGUGUACCUCUCCAUCGAGCUGUACUUCAUCAUGAACCUGCUCCUGGCCGUGGUGUUCGACACCUUCAACGACAUCGAGAAGCGCAAGUUCAAGUCUCUGCUGUUGCACAAGCGCACGGCCAUCCAGCACGCCUACCGCCUGCUCGUCAGCCAGCGGAGGCCCGCCGGCAUCGCCUACAGGCAGUUCGAAGGCCUGAUGCGCUUCUACAAGCCCCGCGUGGGCGCCAGGGAGCGCUUCCUGACUUUUAAGGCCCUGAAUCAGAGCCACACGCCCCUGCUCAGCCUUGAGGACUUUUAUGAUAUCUACGAAGUGGCCGCCUUGAAGUGGAAGGCAAAGAGCAACCGAGAGCACUGGUUUGAUGAGCUCCCCAGGACGGCAUUCCUCAUCUUCAAAGGAAUUAACAUCCUUGUGAAGUCCAGGGCCUUCCAGUAUCUCAUGUACUUGGUGGUGGCAGUGAACGGGGUCUGGAUCCUCGUGGAGACGUUCAUGCUGAAGGGUGGGAACUUCUUCUCCAAGCACGUGCCCUGGAGUUACCUCGUCUUUCUGACCAUCUACGGGGUGGAGCUGUUCCUGAAGGUGGCUGGCCUGGGCCCCGUGGAGUACCUGUCCUCCGGCUGGAACCUCUUUGACUUCUCCGUCACGGUGUUCGCCUUCCUGGGGCUGCUGGCCUGGGCCCUCGACAUGGAGCCCUUCUACUUCAUAGUGGUCCUGCGGCCUCUGCAGCUGCUCAGGCUGUUUAAGUUGAAGAGACGCUACCGCAACGUGCUGGACACCAUGUUUGAGCUGCUGCCACGCAUGGCCAGCCUGGCCCUCACCCUGCUCAUCUUCUACUACUCCUUUGCCAUCGUGGGCAUGGAAUUCUUCUAUGGGAUCCUCUACCCCAACUGCUGCAAUGCCAGCACCGUGGCAGACGCCUACCGCUGGCUCAACCACACCGUGGGCAACAAGACCGUCGUGGAGGAAGGCUACUACUAUCUCAACAAUUUUGACAACAUCCUCAACAGUUUUGUGACUUUGUUCGAGCUCACCGUUGUCAACAACUGGUACAUCAUCAUGGAAGGCGUCACUGCCCAGACCUCCCACUGGAGCCGCCUCUACUUCAUGACCUUCUACAUCGUGACCAUGGUGGUCAUGACCAUCAUCGUGGCCUUCAUCCUCGAGGCCUUCGUCUUCCGGAUGAACUACAACCGCAAGAACCAGGACUCGGAAGUCGACGACGGCAUCACCCUGGAGAAGGAAAUCUCCAAAGAGGAGCUGGUCACCGUGCUGGAGCUCUACCGGGAGGGGCGAGGGGCCGCCUCGGACGUCGCCCGGCUGCUCGAGACCCUGGCCCAGAUGGAGAGGUACCAGCAAAAUUCCCUGGUGUUUCUGGGGCGGAGAUCGAGGACCAAAAGCGACCUGAGCCUGAAGAUGUACCAGGAAGAGAUCCAGGAGUGGUACGAGGAGCACGCCCGGGAGCAGGAGGAACAGCACCAGCAGCCCGGCAGCGCCGCACCUGCCGCCCAGCAGCCCCCAGGCAGCCGCCAGCGCGCCCAGACUGUCACCUAGCCCCGCCCGCGCCAGCCGCGUCUUCUAUGCAAUAACACCACGGCAGGAUCUCACCGCAGCGGAUGGAGUCGUCCCGCACACGUCCAUACAGAGCGCGAGACCAGGGCAGGUGGGGCUCGGUCUGCAGCCGCCUUGUCCGUGUUCCUUCACAGCAGGUCGGGCAGGUGGCGGUCAGGCCCCAGCAAGCCCUUCCGAACGUGGAACGUUCCAGAAACCCCCACCCAAGAUGACCACUGGCGUGGACUGUGCCCCCUGUCCACAGGGGUGGCCUUUGUGGUGGGCCCGCCCUUGCCAGGCCAGGCCCGGCCCCGACUUCCUGCUGCUACCGUCAGCCCAGGGCUCCGUGUCUGGGUUUAGGGACAAAACCACUCCAUGGCCACAUCCGAGGCAUUCCCUUUGGGGACCAGUGCUUGAAGGUUGUGGCCUCCCAUGCGGUCCGUUCCUGUGGGAGACUGCAUGGAGGAUGGGCUCCUGGCUCCACAGCCAUCUCUCCCGGGCGUCUUUGGUGUCGUCCCCACAGCUGGAAAUCCUUCUCCAGUGGCCUCAUGCAGGAUCCAGGCUCCGCAAGCAAGGAGGGGCGGCGGGAGACCAGGCCGAUGGCCCUGACCCCAGGCCGGUCCCCACCCUGGGCUGCCUAAGCCCCUGUCCUGUGGCUUUACCUGUUGAAGCAGACGGAUGUUUGGUUAACUGAGGGUUGUGUGACAACAAGAGCAGGUCCUGCACAGGUGCAUGUAGGGGGCAGCUGACGGCGGCAGAGGCACAGGGGACACCCGCCUGGACUGGUCCCUCUUCUUGGGAGCCGCCCGCCCUCCCUGGACUCGAGGCCGGGCCGGGCACUCAGCCCAGCCCCGGUUUUCAGUGUAUGCUUGGUGCAGAAGCAGGCUCCGCUGGACACCCAGUGACGCAGUCCCCGGGGCCUCAGGGAGCUCUGUACGCACACGCGGGUCGUAGCGGAGGCAGGACUGGGCUCGAGAGUCUGAGGGGGACCGGGGUGAGGGGGUGGGGGAGUAGCAUGGGGGCCUCGCUGCCUCCUGGGGUUGGAAGGUGGGCGAUAGACAUAGGCUUGCCCCCCCAGCCCUCCCCCAGCUGGUGCAAGGGCGGCUGUGGGGGUCUAGGGUCCCUGAGAACCACUGAUUCCCGCAGGGUGUGGGAGCCGCGCUGUCCUCUCUCUCUGCGGGACCACAGCCUUCCCCUCUCAGAGAAGGAACUUUUUUUGCACAACUGCGUGCCUUUGGGGUUCUGUGUAUUGAAACAGGCAUUUUGGAAGCACGGGUCAAGGGGCAGCUCCUGGAGGGGGCCGUGCGGCCUCUGGCCUGGGCCCCGGGCCUCCCCCUCGACCCCCCUCUACCCCAGGGCUGGCCACAGAGGGGGGUCUGCGCUCGACUCACAGCCAUGAACCCACCCAGCCCCCUCCCCUGGCCCUACCUGGGAAAGGCCCUGGGGUCAUCCAGUGCCGGAGGAGCUAGCAGGCAGUGGGGGUGCCCUUGUCAUCUCAUUUGGAACACACUGACCCCAAACUCACCUGCUGAGCAGGGGACAGAGUCCCCGGGGUCUGAGCUCUGAAGGCCCUCACCCCCACAUCACAGCCUGGCAGGGCAGUGACGGCCCUGUACCCCCACCCCGGGUGUGGGGGAGGGGACCGCCUGGCUCCUCUCCCUCUCCCUCGCCCUGCCCAGCCCCAGCCUUACUGCACACCACGCUGACAAUCAUUUUGUACGGAUUGCGGGAGCAGCGCUGUAAGGUUUUGUACAUUGCUGAUUUGUUACCUAGAAACCCCAAGUCCCUGAUUUCUGGCAUAUUAAUAAAGAGCCUCUGCUUUGUAA